AUGUCUCUGUCCAUUGCGACUUUUCAAACAAGAAAAUUAGAAGCUUCAAAGCAACUUUGGGAAGACCAAAGGUUGCAAAACUGCAGUGUUCCCAGGAGCUGUGGCAGUCAAGAAAUAAGCUUCCCAUUCUAUAUCGAAGAGGAUUACAACUACUGCGGAUACCCGGGCUUUCACCUCUCUUGUGAUUACAAUAAUGGCGAUCCUCGCACAAUUCUCAAGCUCGACGGCGACGACUACAUCAUCCACACCAUCUUCUACCAAAACAAGUCUCUUAUCGUCUCAAACGCCGCAUUUUCGACUCCCAACACCACAUGUUUCGCUCCUCUCCGGAAACUAUCUCUCCCAAAUAAUUUCUUUCUCACUCCAAACCAAAGCCAAGUCUUUUUGCUCCAAAACUGCCACAACACUUCUUCUGAACUCAUAAAGUACAAGAUCGGUUGCUCUGCAGAAAAUGACACCAAUUGGGUCUUGGCCUUGCCGGAGAACGACACGAACCGAGUGGCUGAGGCGUCUGAAAAGUGCGAGGCGGGAUCAAGGACGGUGGAUUUGCCAGUGAUGAAAUAUAGUAGCGAGACUGAAGGAAUGAAAGAGGUGUUGAGCGGAGGAUUCAUGCUUAGUUGGAUUGCAAGUGACUGUAACUUUUGUAACAGCACUGGAGGCAAGUGUGGAUUUGAUUAUUCCUCCUAUCGUUUCAAGUGCUAUUGCUCAGAUAGGCCUCACCGCGCGCAUUGUGACCCGCCUACUGGUCAGUAUCUUUAUUCUCUUCUCGUCAAAUCAACACUCGUUUGA